UCCCCCAGAGAUCAAUGGCCAAAGGAGCAUAAACCCAGAAGCCCUGAGCAGAUGUCCCUGCUUCGUCUCUCCCGCCAAAAUCCAUCCUCGUUCUCGCUCUCUUUCACCCGCUGCUUCUCCUCGAUCGCGGCCUCUUCUUCUUCUCGACUGCGAGACUAUUACAAUUUCCAGCCUCCGCCUCCUUUGUCCUCGCCUUCCGACAACCCUAACCCUAACCAUAACCAGAAGAAGAAGAAGCAGAAGCCGCUGUACCGUCCUCCUUCUUCUCUAGAAGGCGUCAAGAAGACGCGCUCCGAUCUUCCUUUCGAUUUUCGGUACAGUUACACGGAGAGCUGUCAGAAUGUGAGGCCCAUCGGGUUGAGAGAGCCCAAGUACUCGCCAUUCGGACCCGGCCGCUUGGACCGGGAAUGGACCGGCGUCUGUGCACCGGCGGUGGACCAGAAGGUCCGGUCGUUGGAUGGGGUGGAAGAUCCGAAGCUGGAAGAGAAAAGGAAGAAUAUGAGGGAGAGGAUUCAAGGGGCUCCUCUCACUCAAGCUGAAAGGAAAAUUCUCGUGGAGCAGUGUCAGAGAAACAAAACUAAAAGGCAAAUCAAUCUCGGGAGAGACGGCUUGACUCACAAUAUGCUGAAUGAUAUCCACAAUCAUUGGAAACAUGCUGAAGCUGUCAGGGUCAAGUGUCUCGGUACCCCAACUGUUGAUAUGAAAAAUGUAAUCUUUCACCUCGAGGAUAAAACCUUCGGAAAAGUCAUCUCUAAACAUUGUGGUACGCUUGUAUUGUAUAGAGGCAGGAACUACAAUCCCAAGAACAGACCCAAGGUACCAUUGAUGUUGUGGAAACCUCAUGAACCUGUUUACCCUAGACUGAUCAAAACAACAAUUGAGGGUCUGAGCAUUGAAGAGACGAAAGAAAUGAGGAAAAGAGGAUUAGCCAUUCCAGCUCUGACAAAACUCGCAAAGAAUGGGUAUUAUGGCAGUCUUGUUCCAAUGGUCAGAGACGCUUUCCUUGUAAGUGAGUUAGUACGGAUAGAUUGCCAAGGACUUGAGAGAAAGGAUUAUAAGAAAAUCGGUGCUAAACUGAGGGAUUUGGUUCCUUGUAUCCUGGUGACAUUUGACAAGGAACAGAUCUUUAUGUGGAGAGGGAAAGACUACAAGCCCUCGGAGGAUGACGGAUAUUCUUCCUUCUUCCGUUGUGAGUCUUCUGCAGACGCAGAAGAUACUCCGGAAGAAGAUGCCCUUUAAUCAUUAUGGAGCAAGAUAUGUAACAUUAAUUAUUCAGCAAAUACCGUUCAAUCUUAAAAGGCGUGGGUAUCGAUCAAUGCUUGUUACCAUGCGCAUGGUAACAAGCAUUAGUUGCAGGUUUUUCCAUUUCGACUUGUACAUGGAGGAGUAGUAUAAAUACAUGUGUAUUGUGGGCACAUGGUAUUACUAUUUAGAAAGAAUACCAAGGUUGGUUGUCAUGGAGGUAAAAUGUUCUCCUUC